AAGGUGACCUUCCUGGACAAAUUUUCCAUCGAAAUUCACUUUCCUACAGUUGUUUUUGACACGCCGGCAUUGGAACUUGUUAUUCCCAGUCUAUUCCUUAAGUGAAUAGCCACACAACUGGAUGCUAUAAGAUAUCCACCUAAUUUUGCACUAGGUGUCUGAGUAAUCGAUAGGUUGUACGACUUUUUCUGAUUCGUGAGAUGAAAACCUACGUUUUGUUUCUAUAACCGUGAAGUGUCAUUUUCUAUCUAGUGCUACGAGUAGUAUCUCCUGUGUCUCAGCCAGUACCACGGCGCAAACAGUAACGAAUCAAAAUAUAAAUAUUUCUUUGUCCAAGUUAAUUGUCAUCAUACCUCCAAGUGACGGGUACACAAGUGAAAAACAGCUAAAGUUUAUCAAUCACCACAGCGAUCGUGUUCAAUAAAAAAACGAGUAACGAAACGGUCUCAAUCAACAACGGCUUGCAAGUAUUAGAAGGCAGUUAUAAGUCUAUCAGGAAAUCGCAUUUCACGAAAGAAGUGAUUUAGUGCUAAGCCAAGCCUUGUAGCAGACAGAAGGCGCUAAUUAUCGGUGUAACUAAAUACAUAUUACGUGGUGCGUGUGAAGCAUUCCAUCAACGGAGAGCAAUUUCGACGCCCUCAAGACACUCGAAAAAUGGAUUUGGUUAAACCCUUUAUGGAUCUACGCGUAGAUAGAGUCAGCAAAGAAAUACGCGAACAAUGCCAGGAACUGAUAUUGACAGACAGGCAGGUAGAGGAGCUGAUGCGACGGGUGAUCGUGGAGAUCAACCGUGGCCUGCGAAAAGAAACACACCCCGCAGCGGAUGUCAAAUGUUUCAUUACCUACGUGCAGGAUCUGCCAAAUGGGAAAGAAAAGGGCAAAUUUCUGGCUCUUGAUCUUGGCGGUACAAAUUUUCGAGUGUUGCUGAUUCACCUCAAGGAUGAAAAUGACUUCGAAAUGCUGUCGAAAAUCUAUGCCAUUCCACAGAGUAUUAUGCUUGGUAGUGGAGAGCAACUGUUUGACCAUAUUGCAGAAUGUUUAGCUAAUUUUAUGAAGGAACAUUCAGUGUUCGAUGAACGACUACCUCUGGGCUUCACAUUUUCAUUCCCGCUAACACAGCUUGGUUUGACCAAAGGUAUUUUGGCACGAUGGACGAAGGGAUUCAAUUGCUCUGGGGUUGUAAACGAGGACGUGGUUCAGCUAUUGAAAGAUGCCCUUGCCAGACGAGGGGAUGUUCAAAUCGAAAUAUGUGCCAUUCUCAACGAUACCACCGGCACACUGAUGUCCUGUGCCUGGAAGAAUCACAACUGUAGAAUUGGACUGAUCGUCGGUACCGGAAGCAACGCAUGUUACGUCGAAAAGGUAGAGAACUGUGAACUGUUCGACGGCUACAAGGAUCCUUCCAAACAGUACGUACUUAUCAACACCGAAUGGGGUGCAUUCGGUGAUAAUGGUGCACUGGACUUCGUGCGGACAGAGUACGAUCGAGAGAUUGAUCACUUCAGUAUAAAUCCCGGCAAGCAGAUCCAGGAAAAAAUGAUCUCCGGUAUGUAUAUGGGCGAGCUGGCUCGCCUGGCCAUCGUAAAAUUCACCAAGGCCGGAUUGCUGUUCGGUGGGGUCGGUUCCGACAUCCUGUUCAAACGUGGCCAGUUCUUCACCAAGUAUGUGUCUGAAAUCGAAUCGGACAAGCCAGGUACCUACAAUUACUGCCGUGAUGUGCUAGAUGAGUUGGGCCUAGAGCAUGCCACCGACGAGGACUGUGCGAACGUGCGCUACAUCUGCGAGUGUGUAUCGAGCAGAGCGGCCCAUCUGGUGUCCGCCGGAAUUGCUGCGCUCAUCAACAAGAUGGACGAAAAGAGUGUAACUGUCGGUGUUGACGGUUCGGUAUAUCGCUUCCAUCCAAAAUUCCACGAUCUGAUGACCCAAAAGAUCAGACAAUUUGUGAAACCGGACAUCAGCUUCGAUCUCAUGCUGUCAGAAGACGGUUCGGGCCGUGGAGCGGCCCUAGUAGCUGCUGUGGCGUGUAGAGAGCCUCACUAAGAAAUACUAAAUUCUUAAUGCCCUCACCAAACCAGAUACAACAACUACUACACUAGUGAUUUAGAAAAUAAAUUGUAAACGAAGCAAAACACACAGCAGGAAAGCAGAAAAACAAAAAAAAAUUACAUGAUUGUAGUAGAAAGUUUUAGGCGUAUGCAGAAAACUCAACUAUAAUUCAAAGCAAAAGCGAACGUGAUUAGCAGGACAUAAAGUUAUAUUAGUUAAAUAAUACAACAAACAGAAAUAGGCCCAAAAAAUAAGAUGAACGGCAAAAUUAUAUCUCCACGUGUUGAGUUUAGUUGUACAUUAAUUAGUUUUAAAGUGUUUUUACUGUAAUAAACCAUUAUACAGGUCACUCAAAAUUGAACAACCUCGUUAAGUGGUGGAAACAAUAAGAUUUUUACCGAUUUUAAUUUGCUCCAUACUUUUAACAACCAUCAAGUAAUGAUUAGUGAAAAUGUAGCCACCGUAAACUAUUCUUAUUUUGUGACAUCGUUGUGAUUCAGACUAUUGUAAAUACAAUUUUCUUUUAAUUAAAAUUUAAACAAAAUCAAGCUCCUCCGAGUCGAGUCAACCGUGCCGGGUGAACCAUGCCUGCAAAUUGAUUUCAAGCCUACACAGGGAAAUUGUAUUCCUACUUACUACAUAUUUGUUCAGAAUUCGAUCAUUGUUUGAUUUGUAGACUAAUGCUUUAAUUAGGGAAAACACAGUCUAUUCUAGGCGAGUAAUGAAGAGUAUAAAAUGGCAUCAAAUGCUACACCCGUUGAUGGUAAAGUUCAAAACAAUAUAUAUCCACUGACUGGAAUAGACAAAGACUUUUCCAUGUUUAAGUUUUCCACUAACUGUAAAGCUGAUUGCUAGAUCAUAUGUUUAGUAUUUAGUUGAUUUUGUUUAGCGCAUGCUAAUUGCAACAAUCAGUCAAUCAAAUCGAGGUUUUUUGGCUUGCAGUUCGUGGAGGGCAUAAUAUACUUUUUUCAGCAAAGGACUGGAAACUAAGAAAAAUAAAAUAUUAAUUUAUAAAUCGAUAAAUAAAAGCAAAACAAUAGCAAAGUGUACAUUAAUAAGAAAAAAAAUAUUAUAAAGGCUAUUUGUAAUUCGAUUUAAAACAUAAUUUAAUGCAAAGGAAACUAUUAUGAAGCUGUUGAUCGUGAAAAAAUACAAAUAAAAUGCUAUUGA